GGAGACAAGGGGACGGCUGCCGUUCAUGACGCGUCGAUGUCCAGAAGCGCUCUCAACUCUCUCGAGGAUUCAUUCGUCGGGCUUUCAACCUCGCAGACACUCCCACCGCACCCGGAGAGAGAUCUCACUAGCUGCCUCGCUUACUUCCUGACGUACACUCAGCAAACUGCACUCUCGGCUGAACGCACUGCCAUAGGGAAUCCGUCUCGCACGCCCUCUUUGAAUCUGCAAAGUCUUCCAAUCCCAAAUCACGACAGUUAUCUGAAACCAACUCCAAAAUGGCGGACUUUGUAGACGACGAAGCCAUCAUGCACUUCAUUGAAGUGACAGGCGCCGACCCAGACAUCGCCAAGAACUAUCUGCAGGUGUCUGAAGGAGUCGUUGAGCAAGCUGUAUCUCUCUUCAUGGAAAACGGAGGAGCACCAUUGCACACCGAAGCAGCCGCGUCCACCAGUACCAGCACAGGGCCGUCUUCAGCCCCUUACAUCCCCGCUGACCCGGAAGUCAGGGCGCCGAUCGCGUCGAAGAGGGAAGCGUUGUUUGACGCUGACAUGUCGCCUUACAACCAUCGCGUUGCACCACGGAGAUCGCAUGCGGCGGCUUCGAACAACCCGUUUGCGCAACAUGAUAACUUGCCGACCACACCAUCACUAUCGAAUGACCCAAACAGUAGACUGGCCGAAAUGUUCCGACCGCCCACGAGUAUCAUGCACGUCUCAAACUCAACGCAGCAGGCUCGCGACUUUGCAAAGAUGCGAAAAAAGUGGCUGAUCAUCACAUUGAACGAGCCAACUUUCUUCCCAUGCCAAGUUCUGAAUCGCGAUCUGUGGAAGGACCCAUCAGUUCUGACGCUGAUCAAGGAGCAUUUCGUGUUCGUUUACUGGGUAGCAUCCAGUCCCCCCGGACUUGAACACCGCAAUCUGUAUCCCUUCGAGGAGUUUCCGUAUAUCGCCAUUAUUGAUCCCAUCACUGGCGAGCGCAUGAAGUCGUGGAACACCGCCGUCGAGCCGAAGGACUUCAUGCAAGAUGCCCUGACAUUCUUAAGCACACAUUCCCUCUUUCAAGCGGCGCCUUCCCCAGCGAAAAAGACGAAAGUCAAUCCGACAAAGCAAAAGAAGACAAUCACAGAACUAACCGAAGAUGAACAACUAGAACUCGCCUUAGCAGCCUCCAUGGGGGACGCCGGGCCAUCCAAAAAGCCAGGCGACGUAGUGGACCUCACGAGCGAAAAGGACGCGGACGAGGAUAAUGAAGUGGAAGGUGCUUCCGUGCUAGACCUAAUUAAACCGCAGCUAAACGAAGAACCAACGGGCAGCGACGCGCUCCGGAUACAGUUCCGCCUCCCCGACGGAUCGCGCAAAGUGCGCAAAUUCCGACCAACCGACCCUGUUCGCACGCUGUUUGAGUAUAUACGCGCUGAUGUGCCCGAGGCGGGUGAUAAGCCGUUUGAGUUGAUGAACUUCCGGGACCCGCUACUCCCACGGCUCAAGGAAACGGUCGCGGACGCGAAACUCGCCGGAGCGUCCAUUACCGUUGCCUUCUCGUAGAAGCUGUAAACGCACAAACAUGCAUCUUCGCCACGGAAAA